AUGGCGGCCACCGAGAUAGACCUCGAUGACCUCAACUACGUCCCCAAAUACCCGUAUAACGGCACCGGCGAUUCUGGAGGCGAUCCCCUUAAGGAUGACCUCAACAUCUGGUACGAGUCUGGCGAUAUCGCCUUUCUCAUCAUAUCCACGGCACUCAUCCUGCUCAUGAUUCCCGGCAUCGGCUUCUUCUACUCAGGCCUCGCCCGUCGCAAAUCCGCCCUCUCCCUCAUCUGGCUCUCUGUCAUGUCGGCCGCUGUCACCAGCUUUCAGUGGUUCUUCUGGGGCUACUCUCUGACCUUUUCUCACACCGCCGGUCCUUUCAUUGGCAACUUUGCCAACUUUGGCUUCAACAACGUGCUGGCCCGCCCCUCUGUCGGCUCAGCGCGCAUCCCGGAUCUCCUGUUUGCUCUCUACCAGGGCAUGUUCUCCGCCGUCACCGUCGCUCUCGCCACUGGCGCCGUCGCCGAGCGCGGCCGCAUGCUGCCCUGCGUCAUCUUCAUGUUCAUCUGGGCGACCAUCAUCUACGACCCCAUUGCCUGCUGGACAUGGAACCCUUCGGGUUGGUCCAGCCGCAUGGGCGGCCUCGACUUUGCCGGCGGCACCCCCGUCCACAUUGCCUCGGGCGCCGCUGCUCUCGCGUACUCGAUGAUGCUCGGCAAGCGUCGUGGCCACGGCACGCACGAGCUCAACUAUCGCCCCCACAAUGUCACGCACAUUGUCAUCGGCACCGUCUUCCUCUGGGUCGGCUGGUUCGGCUUCAACGCGGGAUCGGCCCUGUCCGCCAACCUGAGGGCCGUCAUGGCGGCCUGCGUGACGAACCUGUCGGCCUGCGUCGGCGGCGUCACGUGGUGUGUGCUCGACUACCGCCUCGAGCGCAAGUGGUCGACGGUGGGCUUCUGUUCCGGCGUCGUCGCCGGUCUCGUCUCCAUCACGCCCGGCUCGGGCUACGUGCCGCUCUGGUCGGCGCUCAUCUUCGGCUCGUGCGGUGCGGCGUUUGCCAACUACGCCACCAAGCUCAAGUUCCUCCUGCGCGUCGAUGACGCCCUCGACAUUUUUGCCGUGCAUGGCGUUGGCGGCCUCGUGGGCAACAUUCUGACGGCCUUCUUCGCGGCCGACUACAUUGCGGCACUCGACAACGUCAGCUCGAUCGACGGCGGGUGGAUCAACCGUCACUGGAUCCAGAUUGCGUACCAGGUGGCCGACUCGUUCGCGGGAGGCGCCUACUCGUUUGUGGGCACGUGUAUGAUUCUUUUCCUCAUGAACAUGAUUCCGGGGCUGCGGCUGCGCGUGGACGAGGACGCGGAGAUCCUGGGCAUUGACGAUGCCGAGAUUGGCGAGUUCGCAUACGACUACGUCGAGCUGACGCGCGAGGUGCUGAACGACGUCGAGAACGAGGCGGCGAGCGGCUACUCGAACGACGGCGGGUACCCGCCUGCGGAGAAGAACAGCAUUCCGCUGAUGGACGCCAGGGCCUUUGCGGGGUCAUCGCAGUACCAGGGCGGCCUUUACGGGCCUACCGACUAA